AAGUAACUCCAAAAAUUUGCAUUAUUAUUAUACAACAAGGCCAGGCAGGCGAUUGUGAACGACCAUGUCAUUCAAUGCUAUUCGUCAGAUUGUACGUUGUGGCGUACAGACAGCUCGACUUUGUCAGAGAGUUGCAGCUCCAUCAGUCCAGACAGUGAGAUAUUCCUCCGAGUACUACACGCCACCAGACGAGUAUCCUCCCCCACCCCCUUACAAGGAAAGGCUCAAUGAAGAUGAGGAUGUCAUGAGGUCACGCCUACUGUACCAAAGCAGGAAACGAGGAAUGCUAGAAAAUGGUCUUCUUCUUAGCACAUUUGCAGCCAAAUAUCUUGAUGGUAUGAAUGAGCAACAGCUGAUAUUGUAUGACCGCCUCAUCAACACACCGAGUAAUGACUGGGAAAUAUAUUACUGGGCUGUAGGACAAAGACCUGUCCCAGAGAAAUUUCAGAGUGAAAUCAUGGACAAGCUGAUAGAACAUGCCCUCAACAAAGACCGCCAGAACCGAAGUCAGCAACCAGAUCUCCCGACCUCAUCUUAGCUGUUAUCAAUGAAAUGUUUGUGCACGGACUUAGAUAGAUCUAAUCUAAUUCCGUGGUUUGUGUAAAUAAUUUGUAAAUAUUAAAAUGAUUAUUAUAGAAAGAGAAUAAUUUGUUUGCUGUGCAUAUUUAUGUACUUGCCAGGUUUUGCAAAUAACUUCAACUAGUCAUAUUUUAUAUCCUAUUGCCCAUAUUCCAAGAUUUAGAAUACAACAUUUCAGAGAAAGGCAACUGUCUUGUACAUGUUCCCGUAUUGAACAUUAGGGGAGAUAAUAAGCAAUGCGUGUCAAUCUAUCUACUUUUGUUUCAGUACAAUUUAACUCAGACUUCCUUGUAACAGGGCUUCCUUGCCAGAAAAACUAACUUUGUAUUACUUUUUGUGUCCAAAAAGAUAAUUCAGUGUCAAUUUCUGUUAAUAGAAAAUCAUCAAUUUCUGUUAAUAGAAAAUCAUCAAUUUCUGUUGAUAGAAAAGCAGUUAUUACACAAUAAUUUGAGUUUUACUUGGAUCAAUUAUACUCUAAAUUCCUGAAAAGCUGUCUUUGGAUUACCUUUUAGGCUUUUAGGUUCAAAUGUCAAGUUCACAGCAACAAAAUAAACCAAUUUUCAUACAAUAAUUUUAGCUUCCUUGG